GUAAUUAAGCGGUUAGUUAGUUGAGCCAACUUCUGUUGAGUGCUGCCUUUUGCUGAUCGAUCAACCAAUCUCAGCCGGCAUUUGAGGAGCCUUAGAACGCCUGCAAAGUUAUUUUAUUGGAAGGAUAGCUAGCCGGCUCGUUUUUUUGCCGAUAUCGAAAGAACUACAUAGUAUCGGUUUGCAGUACAAGCACAAGGGUGCGUGAACUUGAUCUUGACAGUGACUUUCGGCGGCAAAGUCAGGCAGGCGCGCGCGUUACGCACGAGAGAAGAUCACCGUCUCGAUCAGGUGCGAGUGAUCAUAAGUGUUAAAAUAAGUACUUACGCGUACGCGUUGAUUGUUGUGUAACCAGAAGUGGAUUUCAUUGACCGGCGCUAGAAAGAAAUUGUCGUGGAAAAUGUAUCGAUCGUGUUUUGCCGCAUUGUUGCUGGUCUUGAACGUCGGAAUCGGGUUAGCUGAACUAGAACCGAUCCUCAGCGUGUGCAAACGAUCGGAUGACAAACUGGAGCAGUGCGUCAUCGAAGUGAUCGACCGGAUACGGCCAAAUCUAGCCAGUGGAAGCUAUGGUUCGGAAAAAACUCACCCAUCCCUGGAACCGGUGGUGUUCGAGCAAAUCGGCAUUCAGCGGGGUCCAUCGUUUUCUGCCAACUUCUCGAACCUGAAUAUCUUCGGAUCGAGCAAGUUUAUCAUCAAAAAGAUCAAGAUCGAUCCAGUAUCAAAGAGGAUUAAUUCAAGUGUCAUACUUCCUCAGCUGGAUGUCAACGGAAAAUAUGGCAUCAACAUGAACAUCCUCGUUUUGAGAAUAUCCGGAAAGGGUGAUAUCAAAUGUCAACUGAAUGACUCCAAGGCGAUCGUCCGGAUGGAGUACUACUUCGAGCGGGUCGGGGACCAGGAGCUGAUGCGCUUCAAACCGAUCGAGGUCAAGCUCAAGUUCGACAAGGCCUUCUUCCAGCUGACGAACCUCUUCAACGGCGAUCCCACGCUGGAGCGGGUUGGCAACGAAGCCAUCAACCAAAAUCCACAGGUUCUGCUCGAUGAGAUCAAGCCAACCUUCGAGGAAAACCUCUCGCGCAAGUUCACCGAGUUGGCGAACAGUUUGGUCAGGGACGCUACGCCGAACGACAUUUUCCCCGAGCUUUUGGAUAAAAAUUCCACUCCUAUACUGACGGCCUGUUCGCACAACGAUCCGGAGUUCGAGAAAUGUGUCUUCCGGGUGGUGGAAAAAAUUCGACCGGCCAUCAAUUCCGGCAAUUUUGGCGAGGGUCAACCGAAAUCGCCAUCGCUAGAACCGAUCUGGAUCGACCGGAUGGUCAUCGAUCGCGGAUCCGGCUUCAAGUGCAAGCUGACCAACGUUACGAUCCGAGGAGCCGGAGAUUUCGUUAUGCGCCGUGUGAAGGUUAAUACACAAGAAAGAACGAUCGAAGUAGGCGUUAAAUUACCAAACAUGGUCGCCAAGGGACAAUACACUUUGAACAUGCAGUUGUUGGUGCUGAGAAUUACUGGAAAGGGAGAUUUCGACCUGAUUAUGAAUAACACCCUGUGUAACAUGCGGUUGAAGUACGACGUGAGGCCCGGUUCCGGUGAUGAUGAUCCGCUGGCAGGAACGAUUCAGUUCAGACCGAUCGAUGUGAAGCUGCGCUUCGACAAGGGACGUUUCCAACUGCAAAAUCUGUUCGGAGGUGAUCCAGCUUUGGGUGAAGUUGGCAACCAGGCCAUCAAUCAGGAUCCACAUGUGCUGUUGGAUGAAGUGAAGCCGGCCUUCGAGCAGAGUUUGUCCAAGCUGUUCACGGACAUGGCAAAUGCCGCAUCUGCUGGUGCCACUGAGAAGGAUAUUUUGCCUGAUUAAGGUUUUUGGGAGGAGGCUAAUAUAUCGUUAACUAAUUGUGAUAAUAUGCGUGUGGUUGAACUUAGGAGUACAAAUUUUUGUAAUUAGAACCCACCAUGUAAUGGAAUAUUCAAAAUCGUGAUGUAUAUAGUGCCACAGAAAUUGACAAGUUGUAAAUUCUAAUAAUUUGUGUCUUAGUUGCUAUAGGUUCAAUUGCAAAUAAUAAAUAAGGGUAAUUGUAAAGCAUUUUCUUCAUUCAGUUA